AUGGCUUCAUCAGACUCGCUAUUCCUGACUCUACCCGGAUCCGUUGCAUUCUCCGAGUUUCGAUGUCGUGGUAUUGCGGCAAACACCAAUGCUAAGGCUAUCCGGGCCCAGUGGGUGCAUUAUCUGCACCUUGCAGAGCCUUUGCAAGACAACCAGCCCACCAACUUGGAACAGCUGCUGCGGUACGGAGAUAUAGCAGAUUCUCCCGGAUCCUUUGGGCCUCAAGAUGGUCGGUCUCUCACCUACUAUGUUAGCCCAAGAGUCGGCACCAUCUCGCCAUGGAGCUCCCAAGCCACUGGAAUUGCCCACGUCUGUGGCUUUCAAAAGUGCCUUAAGCGCAUCGAGCGUGGACUCCGAAUCUCGUGUCUUGUAGACGAAGGGGUCGACAGCCUGGAUGCAGCAAGCCUAGAUGUUUUGCAUGAUAGGAUGACUCAGGUCAUAAGCACGGAGGAACCUAACCUCCAGGCUAUGUUUGCUGAGAAGCCCCCUGCCCCAUUGGAAGUGGUAUCUCUCAAGGAUGGAGAGAAAUCUCCCCGAGAGAUCCUUCAGGACGCAAACAAGCGUCUCGGCCUAGCGUUGGAUUCCUCGGAGAUUGACUACCUUGUUGACGCUUAUGCGGCUGGAGGCCCAAUCUCGAGAGCUCCUACCGAUGUGGAGCUGUUCAUGUUUGCCCAGGUCAACUCUGAGCACUGCCGUCAUAAGCAGUUCAAUGCAUCGUGGGUCAUAGACGGGGAGGAAAAGCCGAAUACUCUUUUUGGCAUGAUUCGAAAUACUCACAAGCAACACCCUGAUUAUACGGUCAGCGCGUAUAGUGAUAACGCAGCGGUUCUAGAGGGAGAAGAAGCCGGACACUGGGCUCCAGAUGCUACUGGAGAAUGGGUGCAGACAAAGGAGAAAGUUCACUUUUUAGCUAAAGUGGAAACCCAUAACCAUCCAACGGCCGUCUCGCCUUUCCCGGGGGCUGCCACUGGCUCCGGCGGUGAGAUUCGAGAUGAAGGCUCUGUAGGUCAAGGAUCCCGACCAAAGGCCGGUCUUUGUGGCUUCUGUGUUUCGGACUUGCUCAUCCCGGACCACAGACAACCUUGGGAGCUCGAUGUCGGAAGACCAAACCACAUUGCAAGCAGUCUAGACAUAAUGCUCGAAGCUCCCAUUGGAAGCGCGUCUUUUAAUAACGAAUUUGGCAGACCAUGCACAGGAGGCUAUUUCAGAACCCUUCUGACUAAAGUCGACACCAGCGAUGGAGAGUCUGAGAUCAGAGGCUAUCAUAAGCCUAUCAUGAUUGCCGGUGGUGUCGGUACUGUCCGUCCCCAGCAUGCUCUGAAAAAUCCUCAUGCAGUUAAGCCGGGAUCUUACCUGAUAGUACUCGGAGGUCCGGCCAUGCUUAUUGGACUUGGAGGAGGUGCAGCUUCUAGCAUCGCCUCUGGAGAAGGAUCUGCUGAUUUAGACUUCGCAAGUGUGCAGCGUGGAAAUGCAGAGGUUCAAAGGAGAGCACAGGAGGUUAUCAAUGCCUGUGUUGCCAUGGGAGCUGAUAAUCCCAUCAAGUUUAUCCACGACGUCGGUGCCGGAGGAUUAUCUAACGCUUUGCCCGAACUUAUCCACGAUGCAGGCCUUGGAGCUUCGUUCGAACUUCGUGAGAUAGACAAUGCAGAUAAGGGUAUGAGCCCUAUGCAGAUAUGGUGUUGCGAAGCCCAAGAGAGAUAUGUUAUGGCAGUGUCAGAGGAGGGCAUGAACAACUUCGUCACAAUCGCAAACCGUGAGAGAUGUGGUUACUCUGUUGUUGGUCGCGGCCUUGGGCAACCGGACGAAAGUCGCCGGCUUGUUCUGCUCGAUAAGGACUCCAAGGAAUAUCCAAAGCCAAUUGACCUCCCUCUGUCUGUUCUAUUUGGCAAACCGCCCAAAUUGACAAGGACUGUCUCUUCGAGAAAGCUCAGUCUUCCAUCUUUUGAUUUUAGCCUGAAGACUUACCUCCCUUCCGUUCCAGAACAAGGGUUGAUGGCCGAAGCCGUCGAUAGAGUUCUCCAUCUUCCAGCGGUUGGUUCCAAAUCCUUCCUUAUCACUAUUGGUGACAGAACCGUUGGUGCUCUCACCGCCAGAGAUCAAAUGGUCGGACCAUGGCAGACUCCUGUGUCAGAUGUAUCCGUCACUGCAACCUCAUUGCUUCUUGGAAUGAAAACUGGAGAGGCCAUGGCUAUGGGCGAGAAACCCACUCUUGCUCUCAUUUCUCCAGCUGCCUCGGCAAGAAUGGCUGUUGCUGAAUCACUGAUGAACAUUGCUGCCGCAGACUUGCCUGAGAGGCUUAGUCGUGUCAGACUUUCUGCUAAUUGGAUGUCCGCCACCAACCACCCAGGUGAGGGCGCUGCUAUUUACGAGGCUGUCGAAGCCAUUGGCAUGGAUCUAUGUCCAAAGUUGGGAAUAAGCAUUCCUGUUGGAAAGGACUCCAUGUCCAUGAAGAUGAAGUGGAGUGACCAGGAAUCUGUGCAGUCCAAGGAGGUUACUGCUCCCUUGUCCUUGGUUAUUUCUGCAUUUGCACCUGUUCAGGAUAUCAAAAACACAUGGACUCCCGCUCUGCGAAGCUUCGAGGAAGUUGGUGAAACUGUCUUGAUGUUCGUUGAUCUCUCAUCCGGCCGCAAGAGCAUGGGAGGUUCGGCUCUAGCACAAGUUUUUGGACAAGUCGGAAACGAAUGCCCUGACAUUCGGGAUGUACAACUUUUCAAAGACUUCUUUGAUGCGACACAGUCCCUCCAGGAAGCAGGAAUCGUGCUUGCCUACCACGACCGCUCGGAUGGUGGUCUCUUCACAACCAUUGCCGAAAUGAUGUUUGCUGGAAGAUGCGGAGCCCAGAUCAUGUUGGAUGAAAUAUGUGCCAGCCCCAAUGUCAAAGAUGCCAUUGAAACCUUAUUUAAUGAAGAACUGGGCGCCGUUUUCCAGGUCCGCAAGGCUCAUGAGGGCGAGUUCAGAAGCUGUUUUGCAACCUGUGGCCCACCACCUGGCUUGAUCUACAGAAUUGGCCGUGUCGCGGAGAAGCAGAAGCAGAACUUGGCUAUUUACCAUGGAGCCUCCUUAAUAUACAGAGAGAGCCGCUCUCGCCUGCAACAGGCUUGGUCCGAGACUUCGUACCGCAUGCAGCGACUCCGAGACAACCCAGACGCUGCUGACCAGGAAUUCGAGAAUAUUCUCGAUGACAACAACGCUGGUCUAUCGUACAACUUGACUUUCAACCCCAAGGAAACAGGUCUACCAUUGAUGACCAGCCUUACUUCUCGCUUCUCGCCUUUUGCAACCCGUCCAAGGGUAGCAAUCCUCCGUGAACAAGGAGUGAACAGCCAUGCUGAGAUGGCAUUUGCUUUCAACAUGGCCGGCUUCUCUGCCAUUGACGUCCACAUGAGCGAUAUCCUCACUGGCAAGGUCUCUCUUUCUUCAUUCGUAGGCUUGGCCGCAUGUGGUGGCUUCUCGUACGGUGAUGUUCUCGGAGCAGGACGUGGUUGGGCCAAGUCGGUACUUCUGCACAAGCAGACACGCGAAGAAUUCAAGUCAUUCUUCGAAAGACCCGAUACUUUCGCUCUUGGAGUUUGCAACGGUUGUCAGUUCUUUGGUCGCCUUAAGGAGCUGAUUCCAGGUGCUGGAAUAUGGCCAAGCUUUGAGCGGAAUGCCAGUGAGCAGUAUGAAGGUCGCGUGUGCAUGGUUCGCAUUUCGGAACCAACUGACAUCCCUCCAACCGUUUUCUUCCAUGACAUGAAUGGCUCUUCUCUCCCUAUUGCCGUUGCCCACGGAGAAGGUAGAGCAUCUUUUGAAGAUACCCCUGGAAUGGACGGCAAGGAACUUGUGAAGCAUGGGCUUGCCCCGGCUCGUUAUGUUGACAACACAAGCCUUGAGCCAACUAUGCGAUAUCCAUUCAACCCUAAUGGUAGCCCUGAAGCUAUUGCUGGUGUACGUUCGCCAGACGGAAGGGUGCUUGCAAUCAUGCCUCACCCCGAGCGCACCAUUAUGGCCGGUAUUGGCAGCUGGUUCCCCGGAGACAAAGCCAUGAGUGAGGAAUGGGGAAACAUUGGUCCAUGGGGUAGGGUAUUCUUCAGUGCUAGAAGAUGGGUUGGUUAA